UGUCACCAACGUGUCGCCCGAACGCAAACACAACCUGAGUGUCGCCUUCAAAUAUGGAUAAAAUAGCCAUUUUACACACUUUUAUGUGCUAUGCUAUGACUGUUGGUGUACGCAGUGAAAUGGUACAACUUAGAGUGAUAAAUGAGAUGCCGAAUAACGGCUACAGUAAUCUGAACGGACUUGAUGCUAAACCAGAAGAAAAACUACAAGCAAGAAUGAAACCUGCAAAUGUAUCAGGGCCAGACCACUUGUAUCACCUGGAUGGAAAAUGCUUCAAGUACAGGGAUUUGAAAUAUGAAUACAUAUUCUGCCCAUUUAACAACAUUACUCAGGAAGAUAUUCAAGCAUUUUAUGAACCGUAUAAAGGAGUAUUAGGGAUAUGGUUGGAUUGGGAAAUAAAAGACAACAAAUUUGCCGCCAUGAGAAUGGUUGAAGGAAGCUCCUGUGGUAUGCAUAACCACAGAACCACAAAGGUUGAAAUAGUAUGUGGAGUUCGUUCAGAAUUAGUUUCGGUUUCUGAACCUGAGAAAUGCAGGUACUCAGCAAAAUUUCUGACUCCAGAAGUUUGUGGAGCAAAUGCUAUGGUGGUGUAUCCAAGGCUAUCAAGUGAACUGAGACAUCAGUGGGAUGUGCUGGAAACAGAUAGAAGUUAUGGAGACAUAACAGAAAAGGGUUACCAGAAAGAGCUUGACAGAAUUAUGAUGGCUGCAGGCUAUGUAGUUUCUCCAGGAGUGCAGUCAUCUCUUCUGGAAAAAGCUUCUGCAGAAAAGAAGAAGUCAUGUAAAGAUGAAUUAGAGGAAGCAAGACAGCGUAUCAAUGAACUUGAAGAAGAAUUGAGAAUGAAGGAAGAAAUUAUUGUAGAACUUGAGGGAAAAGUCAACUCGUAGGACUAAAGUUAGAUGAGAUAUAUAUUUAUUAGAAAAUAUGGAGAAAGCGUAUUUUUGGGGGUUGUUCCUUCAUCAUAAUAGCAAAAACUGAUCGUAUUUCCAAUAUGAAGUAACAUAUUUGGGACUCAGUCAAAUGGCAUAAUAUUAAACAUAAGGCCUUUUUAGUAACAUUUCCAAAACCUCUAACAAUCUGAUACACUUUGACACAUGUUCGCCCUUUAGGCGCACAUUACUGGAACCUGUUAUUGGUAUGUAUCAGUGUAUGCCUCUACCUUGACACAGUUUGAUACACUCCAGUCAGAGUGUGAUAAUUUUCAGCUAUAUUUCACUUAGUCUCAGAUAGGAAUUCAUAUUUUCAUUAAUGAGGAAUUGCAUCAUAAGUUUCUAGAUAAAACUUUUUAUUGUAAAGGUGUAUAAAAUGUUUCUGUGCUUUUUAACAGUGCAUCAAAUAUGAAUAUAGGAUAAAAAUUGAAGUCAAUCAUGAUGGUGUGACAUGGUAAAAAUUUCCGUGUAAAAGUCAUAUGACGUGGUAUUGACCUCAGCGGAUGAAUGUCUUCAAAGUUAUUCUCUCCUUGUAUGAUAUAACCUUACAGGCUCAAAAAUAUCAAAGGAAAUUCUGAGUAUCUUGAUUUGUUGAUAUAAUUCAAUUAAUAACUCAUGUAAAUGUCUGUGAUGAUUUGAAUUAUCUGAUUUGGACACGGAGCUCACCCACGAUGGAUGUGAUAAGAUGCAAAACCUUAAGCAACUUUCAAAAAAAAAAAAAAAAAAGGUUUCACUGGAUCUCAGAAAAACAUUUAAAAGUUUCCAUAGGCUAUGGAAACAAUAAAAGUGGUUUUCUAUUGAUUUUUUAUGUGACAUAGAAAAUAAUAACUCCUUUUUAAAAUUUUUUGUAUGUUAGUAUAAACUUUAAUGAUAUCAUGUUUUGUAGCGAUCAUGAUUCAACGUGAAACAAUGUAUCAAAAUGUUAGGGGUUCUGGGAUACUACAAAAAAGGCCUAUAGUAACGUCUUUCAGGAUUUUUAUUUAUGGUUGUAGCAAUACAGACUUACCUUACAUUCCUGUUUAUUUAUGUAAUCAUUUUAAAGAUUUUAUAGAGGGGAUAUUAUUGUGAAAAAAGUCUUUAUGAGCAUAAUUAAGUGGAAAGAGUCAGUAAUAGUGAAGUGCACUUAUCUCCAUGAAUUAAUUGCUCUUUUUUUAAUGAUGAUAAUAGAAUGUUUGUAUUAUUUACUUGUGUGUUGUGAGAAUAUGGUUUUAUUGUUUCUGAAGAUUAGCAGUUUUCAGUUAAUUGUUAAAAUUCUAGUCAUUUGUUAAAGAAGAAGAAUUACUUCAUAUC